GGGAGGGUUCAGUAAAGAGCUUCACCAAAGAGUAUGCCCCCCUCCGCCCCCCCCCCCCCCUCCCCGCACCGGGUGGCGGCUGCCCAGCCUGGGAGACUCAAGACUUAGGCUCUAGUGGGCUCUGAGUGACGUGGAGUAGGUUCCUCUGGCCCCUCCAAACUUCGGCUUGCCCGUUGGAAAAGCAGCGGAAAUAAUGUAGACUAAUCUCAGAGAGCUGUGAGGAUCCUGCAAAUGCUUCCUGAGCCCGAGGGGGGGUUACAGUUGCCUGGAAUAAUUAAUAAUAAGCAUGUAAUAAAUAAACGUGAUAAAUCAGAAACAUACAAUAAACAAGAGAAGAACACGAUAAAUAAAGUAAUACGGUGACAAGUGGUAGAAGAAAGGCCCUGUUUCCAGAUGAAAACUAAGGCCGGGAGUGAGCUGCUCUUUUGGAAGCUUGGGAGAGGUGGCAUGUGGACUGAGAAAGUUGAGGAUAUAUAUAUAUAUAUAUAUAUAUAUAUAUGGCGGAAACUUUCUGAACAAACUGAGUAAUCAGGGAGGUAAGCAGGAGGCAGGAUCGAUCAUUCAGGACCUAAAAGGCCCUGGCAGAGCUUUAAGGUUUUAUUUUGAGUGCAAUGAAAGGAAUUAAGCAGUGCAUGACGCCAAAUAGUGUGUAUAUCGAUCACUUGGCACAGGGACUGACAUAUGGUAAGUACUUAAUAUUAAUUAUGGUUAUUAGCCCCUCUUAUUAGGAACUUAUUUCAGUUCCUACUCCUCUCUCGGUCUGAGAUUUUGAUGAAAAAAUCUUAAUUUUGUUGUGCAGGUUGCUAAAUGGCUACAUCUGUUGGAUUUGAUCUUGCAAAGUUUGUUGUGUGAAAGGGCACCGUUUAGGAAAGAAUGAGAUACUGAAAUUUAGAGUGGAGAUAUGUGGUUGGAACCAGAUGAAUCUGACAAGCUUGAGCCCCCCACCCAAGUCACUCUGAGCCUUCUUUGCCUCUAGAAGUAAUUUGCCUUCUUGUAUCCAAGGAAACUAGCCUUCCUGUGCUUCCUGAAGUUUGCGUGGUUAACCCAUCUGGGGUAGGUGCUUUGAAGAGGAAUACUCCUGUUUCUCAAGACCCAUCGAAACCACUCACUUUUCACUAGAUAGAUAAUGAGGGUAAAAUCUCAGCAUACUCCAGGGGGCAGGUAGACACUGUGACCUCAGAGAAAAUUGCUUACACACCAAAAGAAUUGAAAGACUGCUAAUAUAUAAUCAGCAUACCUUGGAAACGUAUAGGGUAGAAAAUUUUAAGUGUGUCAGAUUAAGGAGGGAAAACUAUAACACUAGAUUAGGCAGAAUUCACCAAUAGGAAUGCACUUACUAGGUUCCAGAUGGAAUGUGUUUGCUUGGAGAGCCAGAGGUAGCUUUCAUAGUUUAACUGGUUGGUUGACUGAAACAUGGACUCAGAGGUUUCUUGGCAUAAUUUGAUUAUCUUGGGAUGUCAGAGGUUUCCUGGCAUAAUAUGAAGAAGGGAGUCCAAAGCUUGAGAAAAUAAGAGUGUUACAGUGGAUUUAUGAUGUAUGACCUGCAUGCCUAACCCCCAAAUACAUCCCAUAAGAAUGCCUGGAAGGCACUACCUUAAUUAGGCAUUGAGGACUAUGUUAGUGGGAGAAGCACUUACAUUCUUUCUUUUUUUCUUUUUCUUUUUUUUUUUUUUUUUAAGUUUAUUUAUUUUGAGAAAGAGACAAAGCAUGACUCCGGGAGAGGCAGAGAGAAUGAAGAGAGAGAGAAUCCCAAGCAAGCUCUGCGUUGUCAGCAUGGAGCCUGAUGUGGGGCUCGAACCCAUGAACCGUGACAUCAUGACCUGAGCUGGAGUCAGAGGCUUAACUGACUGAGCCACCCAGGAGCCCCACACUUAAUAUUCUUGAAGAGGCUUGUGAUUGCUCUCUUUUGUAGGCUGGGUGUAGCUAUGGGUGAUACUGCUUUUGAGGUGAUAUCCCUAGUUUAAACGGAGGUAAUAAGAUCCCAGAUUAUUAGAGGCCAGAUGGCACCACUUUGACAUCAAAGACAAGGUGGGCACAUUUACUGUAAGAGGUAACAUGUACCAGUGAUCAGAAUGCCUUGGCCUUCAGGAAUCUUUUACUAUGGCUAGUUGACUGUAAUAUCCCUAGGAAUGAAAUAACCUACUAGAGUAUUGCUUAUGUUAUAUAACAGAAAAAAACUCUAGAUUUGGUACCCAAAAUCCUAACUUGAUUUGCUAUAGGAGAAUCACAGCCUCUUACCCAAUACUAGACACAAAUCAAUUCACAGAGCCCCUUGACUCAAGGGGAGUCUAGGUAACCUUAGGUGGAAUCUUGAAGCAUUCACAUGAGUAUAUACCAUAAGUCUUCCUCCAAACUUUCCCCUGUGGAGCCUGCAACUGUUAUUAGAAUGGGAAUUAUGAAAAAGGAAAUACCCAGAUCUUUGGAGAAUUAUUAGACACUGGCUUCAGAUUUACACUAAUUCAUCGGAGCUCAAAAUGCCACUGUGCACCAUCAGUAAAAAUGGAGCUGUACUGGUAAUCCUGAGUACUAUAUACUUGAUGCAGUGAUUUUCUAGGACAACUCACCAGACUCAGUAUAUAGUCAUACACCUAUAGCUGAGAUUUAUUACAGGAAAAUGACACAAAGCAAAAUCAGCAAAGUGACUUGCAUGGGACAAAGUCUAAAGGAAAAUAGUAACGAACCUCCAAGUGUCCCAUCCCAGUGGAGUCACACAGGAUAUAAUUAAUUUCUCCAGUUAUGAGUUAUGACACGUAUGAAAUGUUUACCAGGGGAGAUCGUUAGAGACUUAGUGCCCAUCUAUCACCUAACUACCCUAACUACUGUGCAGAGAAGAGUUAACAUAGCAGGCCUGUUAUCCUUUGAAAGGUGUGCUUAAAAUGUUGUCCCUUGGGACAGCUGCAUGCAGAAGAACGAGACAGGAUCAUUUUCUUACACUACAUACAAAAAUAAACUCAAAAUGGAUUAAGGAUCUAAAUGUGAGACAUGAAACCAUAAAAACCCUAGAAGAAAGAGUCCAUGGCAAAGUAGCAAGAGUUGCAGAGAUGGAGGCUAUACACAGGCUCAGUAGCAUGGUUUUACUCUUCCAUGCAUCUUCAAUGCCUGAUAUGCCAACAGCAAAGACCAACAUUUAAUUCCCGCUACGCUACCAUUCCCUGGGGGAUCAGUCUGCUGUAAGAUUGACCGUUAUCAGAACUCUCUUAUUAUGGAAGGUGCAGAGAUUGAUCCUUAGUGGAAUAAACUGAUAUUCUACGUAUGUAUUUGCCUUCUCUGUUCAUGAUGCUUUUGACAACACCACUGUCCAUGGCCUCACAGCAUAUCUUCUCUUCCUUUGUGGUAUUUCACAUAGUAUUGCUCCUGAUCAGUGUACUUGUUUCACUACCAAGGAAGUAAAGCAAUGGGGUCAUCCUUAUUGAAUUCGCUGAUCUUAGCACAUAUCACAUCGCCAAGAAGAGGCUGGCCUAAUUGAAUAAAUAAUGUCUUAUUGAAGGUUCAAUUACAGUGUUAGAUACCCUAAAAGAAUGGAGUUCUGUCUUAAAGCAUAUAGUAUUUGCUUUGAAUUAGAGACCAUUAUAUGGUGCUGUCUCCCCCAUAUCCAGAAGACAUAGUUUAGGAAUCAAAUUGUGAAAGUGGGAAUAACUCCUCUCACUUGCACCUAGUAACUCACUUAGUCCAUUAGUGCCAUCUCAGCUACUUUGAACCCUGUGUUUUGAGGCCUUUGAUCCUAAGAGGGCAAUGCUUCCACUAUGGGACCUCACAAAGGUUCUGUUGAAUUAGAAGAUGAGACCACCACCUGGCCACUUUGGCCUUAUGCCACUAACCCAGGAAGAAGAAGGGGUUAUUCUACUGGCUAGAGUGAUGGACCGAUUCUGAUUACCAAGGAGAAAUUGGGUUGUACAAUGGCAUGAAGAAAGACUGUAUGUAGAAAACCACACAACAUACAAACAAAAAUAGAACUAUUACAGAAUCAGACCCUUCGCUGAUGAAGACUUGCAUCAUUCCAUGAGGUGAAUAACUGACCAGUUGAUGUUUUAGCAGAGGGCAAAUGAAAUUCAGCUCAGUCCAUGGUCUCAUGGUUCAUAGAAUCGAGCCCUGUGUUAGACUUUACGCUGACAGUGUGGAGCCUGCUCGGGAUUCUCUCUCUUCUCUCUCUCUCUCUGCCCCUUCCCCACUUGUGCCCUCCCUCUCUCUCAAAAUAAAUAAACUUUAAAAAAUAUUUUCAAAGUUAAAAAAAAAGGUACAGGACACAAAGAAGAAAGCCAUAGAUAUCAUAUCAACUAUGACCUUAUGUCCAGUUACAGAUGUGAGGACUGUUAUGAUUAUUUGUAUAUGCUAUCCUUCUGUCUUCUUCCAAGGAUAAUUAUAUAUGUGAGUGAUGGAGGUUAACCUUGCAAUUUAGUCUUUAGGUAGCAUAAUAUUCAAUGUGAUUGUGACUAAAAUUGGGGAGCAAUUAAUAUAGUCAGUAAUAGAUACAGUGAAUGUUGAGACUGUGUCCUUUUUGUUAGGUGGAAAAUUAUAUGGAAACUGAAAUAUGAAUGGAAGGAUGUAUUUGGACAAAGGAUGGACAAAAUUAUUGAUUGAUCUCAGUUCCAAACCCAAAUAUACAUAUAAUUGUCCUGCUCUGUGAUACUAGAGCAGAACCCUGUCAAAAUUUCUCCAUUACUAGAUGGUCUAAUGUUAAUCUUUUUUAGUAGAAGGUGCUGAGGGACUAAUGUGCUUUUCUCUCUUCUUGUUUCUGUGGUAUGUGGCAGCCAAAAGAGUAUGAAAUACUUACUGGUGCUUAGCCCCAGCAAGUUUCAGUGCCACCCAAUGCAAGCAGCAAAUUCCACUGACAUCCCAGCUGGUUUCCAGGUGAACCUCCCAGGUGCCAUAGCAAGUAAUUUCCUAGCCAUUUCCACGGACACACUGGCUGGUGGCUUCCCAUUGAGUUUCAUCAGUGUCUCAACCAAGGGCAAUAGAACUUAAAGGACUUGGCUGAGCAAAACAUGAAGAGAAGUCUGUGCAGCCCUCCAUGCAGAAACCACCAGCACCUUUAACAGUGCCGCAGACAGCGGCCUCUCCCUGGACAGCUUCUGACUGUAUUUUCACACCAAUGCAACACCAACUAUUUCUCCUCUUUGAGACUUGGUAGCCCAAAGGUCACAUGGAUGUGUCUCCCCACCCUGCACUCUCUUACUCCUGGAUUGGAUUGUCUUUCCUUUGGGGCACAGAACUGGCUUGCAGACGCUGAGCCCAUUUGAGCCUCUUGCUUUGGGAAAGUCAUCUGAAGUGGGAAUGAAAAGACCAUCUUCAUUUUUACUGAGAAAGAAGACCAGUGGCCAAGGUGUGGAAGGACAAGGCAACACACCCCAGAGCCAAGACAAACAUGUCUUUCUCUAUAUGAAGAUUCAAAUCAUGGCACACAAGAUUCAUGGAAAGCACUUUCACAACUGAGGGACAGGAGAAGGGAAACUUUUUAUUCACAGGUUUCUGGCAUGUGGAGUGUAGCAUGUACCUUCAAGAGAGAAUUGCAAGGAAACAAAGGGAUGAGUAAAUUCAAGAUGAAUCUACUCCUGGUGAAGAUACUGUGAAGAUGGUUGAAAUGACAACAAAGGACUUACAAUAUCACAUAAAAUUAGUUGAUAAAGCAACAGCCGCAGUUUGAGAAGCUGGACUCCAGUUUUGAAAGAAGUUCUACUCUGGAUGAAAUACUAUCAAAUAGCAUCGCCUGCCACAGAGAAAUCACUUGUGACAGGAAGAAUCAAUCCCAGUGGCAAACUUUAUUGUUGUCUUAUUUUAAGAAAUUGCCUUCAGCAAACCACCCUGAUCAGUCAGCAGCCAUCAACAUGGGGACAAGACCCUCCAACACACUUAAAAGAUAACCACGAUGUGAAAUCUCAGAUAGAGAAUGUCACUUUCCACCAUGAAGGAUUCUUCUGGAGAUGUUGGUUUAAUGGGAUUGCGGAAGAGAAUGAUUCCAGUAUCUGGAAGUUCUGGUACACCAAUCAGCCACCGUUCAAGAACUGCAUGCACGCUUACCUGUCACCAUAUCCCUUCACGAGAGGGGAACACAAUUCAACCUCCUAUGACUCUGCUGUUAUUUACCGUGGUUUCUGGGCAGUCCUGAUGCUUCUGGGGGUCGUCGCCGUGGUGACUGCAAGCUUUCUGAUCAUCUGUGCAGCCCCCUUCGCGAGCCAUGUUCUCUAUAAAGCCGGCGGAGGCGGGUACAUUGCUGCAGGCAUCCUGUUUUCCCUGGUGGUGAUGCUGUAUGUCAUCUGGGUCCAGGCAGUGGCUGACAUGGAAGGCUACAAAAACAUGAAAAUGAGAGACUGCUUGGAGUUCACCCCUUCUGUUCUCUAUGGCUGGUCAUUUUUUCUGGCCCCAGCGGGGAUAUUUUUUUCUUUGCUAGCAGGAUUACUAUUUCUAGUUAUUGGACGGCAUAUUCAGAUACAUCACUAAUCAAACAGUUGCCUCCCAUGUUUUCUUGAGCAUAAUCAGAUACAUCACUAAUCAAACUGUUGCCACCCAUGUUUUCUUGAGAGGUUUUAGAAGAGAGAAUUUUUUUUUUUCAUUUUGUUUUGGUGAUCCCAGCAUAGAAUUAGUUGGUGAGCUAUUUAGUUGCUAUUUGAAGUUCCCCUUUAAAUUUUACUUGUGAUUUCCCCUAAUAGGAAGGUCCUAGAGUCUUUCCCAACAGCCACAUGUGUCCAUCUCACAUAGGUGCUAUCAAGAACCUAGUUCUGUAAGGAGCAGGUAACAUGGGCCUCCCUUUCAUUGCACCUGUUAAAGCUCACACAGGUUACAAAGGCCUGUUAAUGGCAUAACACCACCACCUGGGCCAAUGAAGCUUUGAUUGAAAGCUUCCUUCUUGGCGUUCACUUCUGCUGCUAUUAAAAAAAAAAAUCUUUGGAGAAUAAUUAAGAACGGAAUACAAAUGUUGUCAGAGAACUUACUCCAUUUCUUCUCCACACACAUGCGUAUCCCCAUACACAUUCACUGACUCCUGUGAGCCAAUUAUUUAUGACUUAAAAAUAGAUAGCAGUGUGCUAUCAGUCAAACACAUUGGCUGAAAUGGGCCACAACCAGACUGAGAAUGUGUGCUUAUCCCACAUUCUCCCCAACAGUAGUUUGGUUACUUACUUAAUCACUUAGGUUACUUAAUUGUGCAUGCUUACAUAAACCUUAAACUAUGUUUAAAAGUGGCAAAUCUGCACUGCCAAAUUACAUAUGAUGCAGACUGGGUUUUCACGAGCUCAGUGGAUUAAUUAUAUGUAACAUGGCUGAAAAUAUGUAACAACCAAGCACCUUAGCUUAGUUCAGAGUUCUGUUUGAUAUUUUAAAAUUCCUAUUUAAAAUUAUAGGCUAAUAUGUUCAGCAUGUGAAAAUUUAUUGAUGAAAUGUGCUUUUAAUAUGCACUAGCUAUAAACUUUCAAAAUAUUUCCACAUGAAAUAAUAGCCUUGCUGUAUUAAAGACCAUGAAAUAGUAACUUUCCCCAAGAUUUUCUAGGUUGUAGUUCUUCUGAUAAUUUGAUUCCCUUAAUUAUUGUCUCUCAGUUCCUUCAUCUUUACAAUAGGUAUUUUAACAUUUACAGAUCUGCUAUUUCCUUUAACCUCCUGGAAGAAAACUUUGUGCUGGUUGGUGAAUAAUUCUUUCUUACUUGCUAGUGUAGACAUGUAGAUGUUUUGCAUAUCAAAGAUGUUUGUUUGGCACUAAUUUUCAUUGAAAUCAAAUCCAUCUGAGAAGCCCACGUUGCAUUUGCAUCUUGGAAACCUCCACCAAGGAGCAGUUUGGUGUUGGUGAGGGAACAGAGAACCUGUGUGGUAUGAGAGCUUUGUUCUGGACACAGCAUUUUGCUCUGCGGCCUUUGUGAAUACCUAAGGCAGGACUCAGAGACAAAUUAAGAGUGACCGCCGAGAAGAUGCUGUAGGAUAGAGGGGCUAUUGCUUUCCAUUCCUCGUCCCCCUGAUGGAGAGAUCGCCUGUCUUCUUACACAUCUAUCCUUUCCGUUAACCUGUUUCAGUGGGAGGGAUUUCUGGAGGGAUCGCCACCGUCUGAGGUAUCUGCAGAAUCAUGAGGGCAUUUUAAUGUUUAGUGACAGAUAGGAUUCGCAUGCAAUAAAAACCAAAUACAAGAAUAAAGACAAAAAAAAAAGCUUCAGGGGUUUAACUGGUUUCUCAAGCCAUCUGAGUUAUAUCAUAAAUGUUUUUUGUGAUCCUUGCCUUUGUCUUUUUCUGUUUUCAUUUUUAUAUUGCUCCGUUUACUUUGCUUUUGGCUUGAUUAUUAGAAAAAUAAUUAUGGGUUCUGUUAUGCAUAUUUGCUGUGAUAUUAAGUUAUGGCAUGCCAUUAAGUUUUCCAGACGAUGCUAGAUGUAUUUGAUUAGUUCAUGUCAUCUGUAAAUACAAUUCCUUUUUGUAGAACUUUGGAAUGGAGCCUUUUUUCUAGUGUAUUAUAUGUCAUUUAAAUUUCACAUACAAGCUGCUUUCAGUAAAGGUUUGAAUAUUUAUAAAUUUCAGAUGGUUAUCCUCGUUUUCUAAUACACUUAUGCGGCUACCAUAUAUUUAUCACAAGGCAAUU